GUGGGGACAGCCCCAUUCCACUACUGAUUACUACUUUAUAAUGCGCGUCUGACCGCCUGGGGUCCACUCGUAAAGAGACCGGCAGUCGCGAUAGCGAGUCAAACUUUCCAAUAGCUCAUCUGUGCGUGUGCCUUGUCUCAACUGGUUCUAGCGGACAAGUCACCAUUCUUCUGUAAGAUUUCCACCGAAAGGAGAGAAUGAGGGGGGCUUGGCUGUCCGGCUGCCUCCUGCUGGGAGCGCUGUGUCUGGUGGAGGCGGCGGAGGUUGAGCUGGAGACGGACCGGGACUGGGACUGGGGCUCGGGCCUCCAGGAGCUCCUCCACAGCUUCCCUGCCGACAGCCCCUUCGUGACGGAGACCCCGGGGAGCCCCGCCAACUGCACCCAGCGGUACUGGCUGCCCCCGUCCUCGCCCAUCUGCUGGGACAACAUCGUGGGCCCGGAGGAGUUCGAGAAGACCCGCCUCCUGGCCCUCCAGAACCGGGCCGCCCUGCGGGCCGUGUCCGAGGCCAGCGGCGUCGGAGAGGGGAGCGCCUCCUACAACGAGCAGGCGAGGGAGGACAUGCAGGGCAUCCGGGCCGACUACCUCAGCAUCACCCAGACGGCCGACACCAUGCAGAAAGUCUUCCACAACCUGGAGGAGAAGAGGAGGGACGGCACCGAGCUCUGGACUUUCUCAAGUUUGAAGGAGCAGCUUGGAACAGCGAAGGACUCCAUCCAUGGCAGGGAGCAAUUGGCGGACGUUCUGGAGAAGCAGUUAACCAGCCUGGAGAGAUCGCUGCACUUUCUUCAGCUCCGACUGGCCAAGUUACUGGCACGAUGAGCGCAGCCAAGCCAGAAUGGCAACUCCUAAUGGAUGCCAGCUCAUACUCUGUAUGUAAUGCAUGUCUGCCAAGCUGAAAGACAAGCAUGAGAAAAUGAUUUCAUGUAAAAAAUGACCUAUAUAUGCGCUUACCCAUGUAGCUGCCCUCCACAGGGAAGUUCUCACUCAGGGUCCUAGCUACAUAUCACUUAUAACUAUACUUCUAACUUUCUCUCUAGCUUUCCAGAGAUCCGCUCUCACAGUGUAAUACAGGCUUGUACUGAAGUCAUUGUAAUAAAAUCUAUUUUUAUAC